AUAGUUUCCAUACAAUUUCCCAGAUUCCAUUUGUGCCUUCCAGCUCCAACCAAACCGUGUUCAAACCUCAGGGAAAAUAGAUUAUAUAACUCGUUGCACUGCAGAAAUAUUGAACAACUCACUAAACAUGUUCAGUUUCUCUUCAAUUCAUCAACCAUCAAUUUAUACUUUCUAAGCAAACAGACACAUCUACUCCUCACUCAGUCUUUACACUUGAAUUGAUCCCUGCAAUGGCGGAUAGUGUGGUUUGCUUUCUUCUAGAAAACCUGUCUCAAUUGCUGGCACAUGAAGCUAACUUGCUGUGUGGAGUGGAAGAUAGAGUUAGAUCCCUCCACAAUGAGCUAGAGAUUAUUAAAGCAUUCCUUAAAACCUCUGAAGGGAAGAACAAGAACAACAAGAGAGAGGUUGAACAAAAAGUUAUCAGUCAAAUCAGAGAUGUCGCCCACGUACCAGAGGAUGUCAUAGACACAUUCAUCACUAAAAUUGCUACGCACAAGAGGAGAAGCGUCAUGGGAAAGAUGUUCCACGGUGUUGACCACGCAAAGCUGCUCCAUGAUGUAGCUGAGAAGAUAGACAGGAUCAAAACCACCAUCAAUGAUAUCCAUGACAACAGAGUCAAGUAUGACUUUGCAGAAAGCAUCAAUGAACAAUCAGCAGCAGCAGUAACAGAGAAGGAGGAGAGGGGGCGGUUGCUGCACAAUCGCAGAAGAAAAGUGGAGGAGAAAGAUGUUGUGGGGUUUGUCCAUGACUCUGAGGUUGUCAUCAAAAGGCUCGUGGAAGGUGGUUCGCGAUGCAAGGCUGUUUCAAUAAUUGGUAUGGGUGGGUUGGGCAAGACCACCCUUGCCAGAAAAGUCUAUAACAGCAACGAGGUGAAGGGACACUUCAAUUGUAGAGCAUGGGUUUAUGUGUCAAACGAGUGUAGAGCUAAGGAGCUUUUGCUUGGCCUUCUUAAGCAUUUGAUGCCAAACACUGAAUAUCAAUGUAGGAGAGCCAAAAAGAAGGUUAAGAAACACAAGGAUGUUGAUAUGCUUGUAGAUUUUUCUAGCUUGAGUGAGGAUGAGCUGAAGCAGAAGGUGAGGGAAUGCUUGAAGAGGAAAAGGUAUCUGCUGGUGCUCGACGACUUGUGGAAAAAUCAAGAUUGGGAUGAGGUGCAAGAUGCAUUCCCAGACGAUAGCAGAGGUAGCAGAAUACUAAUCACGAGUCGUUUGAAAGAGGUAGCCUUACACACCAGCCAAGAUCAAGAUCCUCCUUACUACCUUCAAUUUCUCACUGAAGAACAAAGUUGGGAGCUUUUCUCCACAAAAUUGUUUAGGGAAGAUGAGUGCCCUUCUAAUCUCGAGCCUCUCGGCAAAGAGAUAGUUAAAGGUUGUCGCGGUUUGCCACUUUCAAUAGUGGUGCUUGCAGGGCUUCUAGCAAACAAGGAGAAAUCACAUAGAGAAUGGUCCAAGGUGGUAGCCCAAGUCAAUUGGUAUGUUACUCAGGAUGAGACCCAAGUCAAGGACAUAGUGCUCAAACUGAGCUAUGACAACUUGCCUGCAAGAUUGAAGCCAUGCUUCCUGUAUCUUGGCAUAUUCCCUGAAGACUUUGAAAUCCAUGUUAGGCAAUUGGUGCAACGUUGGGUUGCCGAGGGAUUUAUACAAGAAACAAGGAGCCGAGACCCGGAUGACGUUGCAGAGGACUACUUGUAUGAGCUCAUUGAUCGUAGCUUGAUCCAGGUAGCUGGAGUGAAAAGUAGUGGAGAUGUGAAGACAUGUCGCAUCCAUGAUCUUCUUCGAGACCUCUGCAUAUCUGAGAGCAAAGAGGAUAAAUUUCUCGAGGUUUGCAUGGAUAAUAACAUUCUAAUCUCGACGAAACCUCGCCGAAUGUCCAUCCAAUGUGGCAUGUCUCAAUAUAUUUCUUCAAGCAACAAUGGUCAUUCAUGUGUUCGUUCUUUGUUCUGCUUUGACACGCACUACUAUGUUGCUCAGAGUGAGUGGAAAUGGCUUUCGAAAGGCUUCAGAUUGGUUCGAGUGUUAGAUCUGGCAGGGGAGUGCUGCAGAAAUAUUCCCUCUAGCAUGGGGGACUUUAUCCACUUAAGGUAUUUGAGAAUAGAGUCAAAAUUUAUUAGAAGGAUUCCAACAUCUAUAUGCACCCUACGAAAUUUACAAACCUUAGACAUGGGACCCUCGAUCAUGAUUCACUUAAUAUCUUUCCCUGGAGAUAUAUGGAAGCUCAAGAAUUUAAGGCAUCUGCUUACAUAUGGGCCUAUCAUGCUACGUGGUCACCACUCAAAAACAAGUGGUGAAGUUAUGUGGAAUCUUCAAACCAUCUCUUUCAUUGAACUCAAUAGAAAAGCAAUAUCUCUAAUUGAGAAAGGAAUGUUCCCCAAACUAAGGAAUUUGGGGUUGUGUAUCUCCUCAAACUGUGAGGGAAAUGUGCCCAAAUUGCUGUUGAGCCUCCAACAAUUAGACCAUUUGAAAAAGUUAAAAAUCUCCAUCCAAACGAAGGAGUUGGAAGGGAAGAAGAUCGGUUCUUGUAGCCCUCGAGAAAUGUUACAAAAUCUAGAGCAUUUGAGUCAUUUGAGUGUGUUAAAAAUUUAUCAAGCCAAGGACCUUCCAAUGAAUGCAACCUGGUUUCCUCCAAACAUUAGGAAGUUAACAUUGACAGAUAAAUUUGACCUUGAUUGCACAAGUGGGUUCGCUCAACUGCAAGUGUUUCGAAUGGAAAUUUUGGCAAUCCAGAGCUGGAAAUUAACCAAUGGAGCAAUGCCACGCCUUGAAAACAUAGUCAUCGACAGAUGUUAUGUUUUGGAUAGUCUCCCAAACGAGUUGUGGUCUUUGACUUCUUUAAGAAAAGUGUUGGUCACUAAUCCCUCAGAAACAAUGGCUCACAUGCUAAGGAAUUCGGAAAUGAAGAAUGGAUCUGAUUAUGAACUUGUAGUAUAUGAUAAUUGAAACUAAGGUUUGUUCAAGUGAAAAAUGUUAGCUACAAAGUUUUUGGUGUAUUUUGUUAUCAAGGUGUUGUAAUCGUAAAUUCUAAUGAUUCUUAAUGAAUGUUAAAAGAUGUUAAUCUAA